GAGAUUGUGGAUACUUUCGGAGAGCAGGCCGAGGCGCUGAUGGCAGAGGCAGGCAUCCCGCCUGGCGAGCCCGAGGGCGUCGACCACACGCCGACGGCUGCCCAGCUGGCUGGCGACGCGGCGGAGGAGGCAGCGGCGAUGCGCCCAGUGGAGCCGCGCGCCCGCUUGGCUGCGCAGCCAGAGCUGCUGGCCCUCGAGGCGCAGCAGGUUGAAGGGGAGGAGGCCAAGGCCGAUGUGGCCAGGAUCGAGCAGGCCAAGGCUGAGGCCAGGGCCGCGGCGUUCGAGCAGGCCAAGGCCGCGGCGCUGCAGGAGGCACAGGCCGAUGCGCUCCAUGAGGCCAGGCGCGAGGCGGCAGCCAAGGCCGUAGAGGAUGCGCUCGAGCAGGCCAAGGCCGAGGCGCUUCAGGAGGCCCAAGCCGAGAUCGAGCAGAUCAGGGCUCAGGCGCUGGAGCAGGCCAGAGACGAGGCGCUGCAGAAGGCCAAGGCCGAUGCGCUCGAGGCGGCGCAGCAGGCCAAGGCCGAGGCGAUUCAGCAGGCCAAGGCCGAGGCGCUUCAGCAGGCCAGGCUCCAGGUGGCAGCCGAGGCCGCGGAGGAGGUCGCGGAUGAAGCUGCCAAGAGGGAGAAGCAGAAGAAGAAACUCCACGGGGUGAUCGACUGCAAGGCGCGCAAGCGCCAGCGUGGUGGCGGCAUCAGCCCAGAUGACGAAGCCCAAGCCAUCAUCGAUGAGGCCGAGGCGAAGCGCCAGGCCACCAUGAUAUUCAACGAGCGCAAGCGCGUCAUGGCAAAGAAAUUGGCCUAUGAGCAGGAGGAGAAGGAGAAGGCUGAGGCGCUCACGCUGGAAGCUGAACUUGAUGAGUACGAGGCAAUGCGGAACCAGCGGUGGGAAGUCGCCUCAACUACCGCGAGCGACGACCGCAGGCUGAGUGGGUGUAACCAACAUGAUGUGGACACGGACUCUGAAUAUUCGGAGACGCCAUGUGUGCCAGAGUUGCCGACGUUCGAGUUCGCCAUGUCUGAGAGGGAAAAGGAGCAGCAAGCUAAAGAUAGGCUGGAUGAGCUUCACGAGGUGCCUUACCCCGACUCGGUCGACCAUGGCGACGUGCCUCAGCCGUCGCCGAUGACACCAGCGGCCACGAGCGUGCGGUCGGCGUCUUUGCCGCGCGCGGAGCCCCUUGCAGCGGGAGAGAGCAGUGGCUCCACGCCGCAGGCCUCCGCGCCCGCGCGGGAGACCGAAUCCCCCUGGGCGGCAGGCUCAGCGGCGGCUUACCCGCCAGCUCAGCCGCCCGCGCAGCCUCAGCCGCAGCCGGCGCAGCCCCCGCAGCCUGCCCCCGAUGCCCCCAUGGCGCCAGCGACUGACAAGGAGACUCUGAGGCAACAAGUGGUCCAGCAGAUGGAUCGCGUCAACGAUGCUGCGAAGGUUUUGGCAAGCUGCGCUCCCGAGAAGUUCGUCCUCGAGGACGCCGCGCAGAAAGCCGAGGUGUCGAUCUCGCAGCUGUACCACAGCGAUCUCGUUAGGAAGAUGAAAGCGCUGCAUCAGGCUGACCAGGAGCUCUCGAUGGAUGCAAAGCAGAAGGCCUUGGCGGAGGAAGACGUCUUCUGGGAGGGCAUGAAGGCGCACGAUUUCAAGUUCGGGACCGCCUGCACUUCAGGCAACAGCAUUGCGGGGCGCUGGGCUAGGGCCUUGAGAGCUGACGCUGCCUUGGCGGCAGAAUACCGUGCGAAGGAGGGGUACCUCCAGAAGGCCGACUUCCGCGCUGCUUGGGCAAAGGGCAAGUACGACAAACACCAGGUGGCCAGGGGCCGCUCUAAGGAUGAGAAGCAUUCGAAGUCUGAAAUCAGGAAUGGGACAUACGUGUCCCUGGGCCGCCUGGCAUGGCUCGAGGGCGGAGGUUCGAGCGGCAUGAAAAUUGCCGUUCGUUACGCGACGAACUGCGUGAUCAUGGGGGGCAUCUGGUGCUCGUGGGACGAGAUGGGUGAGGUCCUCAAAUAUCUGCACGUCCAGCACAGCGUCCGCGACGAGUUCAAGCGCUCCUGGAGGGCGUGGGAGGACUGGGCCGAGCAGCCGACUGCACAUGCUUCCGCGGAGGGCGACGCCGCGGCGCAGUCCGCGCCAGCCGCGACGCCCUCGCGCGCGGGAGGCGGCGGGGAUGGUGAUGGCGGCAUCCCAGCACGCGUCAUCUCGAGGAAGCCCGAUGACAACGGGAGGAAGUUCAAGGAGCUGAAGACCUCCUACCAGAAGGCCACCAGCGAGUGCAACACCAUCCUCAGGAUGGUGAAGUCCGACCCCGAUUGGUGCUGGGCCGACAACGACGUCAUGAUGGGCCCGUUGCGCAGCGCGGACAGCAAGGUUCACGAGAUCCUGAAGCAGGACCGCGACCUCGCCUCCUGCCUCGCUGGCCAGUUCGCGAACCUGAAGUCUACGCUCGGAGAUGAGAAAGUGCAGGCGGUCCUGGGUCGCGCCGUGUUCGCUCUGAAGGAGCCUGUCGAGGCGCUCGACCACGAGUGCCGCCUGCUGAUUGCUCAGCACAACAGCCGCGUGCGCCUGGUCUCUCUCCCUGAGAAGGCGAACCUUAAGAAGGCCAGGAAGGCCUCGAGCUCCCAUGGGAGUCGGUGA